AUGACUCCCGAGGUAAUCGAACCGAAUGUGGCUCCCCCACCCCCCAUCGCCAUCUGUGGGAUGUCUGUACGCCUCCCCGGAGGUCUGCACACCCCCCAACAGCUGUGGGACUUCUUAGUUGCCAAAGGAGAUGCCCGUGGCCAGGUACCAAAGUCCAGAUAUAAUGCCUCCGCAUAUUACUCCGAGACGCAAAGGCCUGGCAGCAUCAAGACCGAAUAUGGAUACUUUCUGGAUGAAAGCAUUGAUAUUGCUUCAAUAGAUACAUCUUUCUUCACGAUGGGCAAGCUGGAAGCAGAGCGAAUGGACCCGCAUCAACGGCAGAUGCUUGAAGUUACCAGAGAGUGCAUGGAAGACGCUGGGGAAACAAAUUGGAAAGGACGACCAAUCGGCUGCUAUUUGGGUAGCUUUGGUGAAGAUUGGCUUGAGAUAUAUGCCAAAGAAGCCCAGCAGUAUGGUCUGUAUCGAAUCAGCGGAUACGGAGACUACAUGCUACCCAACCGAGUCUCAUACGAGAUGGACCUGACGGGGCCAAGCAUGGUCGUACGUACUGCGUGCUCAUCAGGCCUUGUUGCAUUGCACGAAGCAUGUUUGGCAAUCUCGAGGGGUGAUUGCGAGGGCGCCAUUGUUGGAGGUGCUAACUUGAUAAUGGCACCAGGCAUGACAACCUCCAUGACGGAACAAGGUGUGCUUUCACCCGAGGGAUCUUGCAAGAGCUUCUCUGCCGAUGCCGACGGGUAUGCGCGAGCAGAAGCAAUAUCUGCCAUCUUCAUCAAGCCUCUGGCUGAUGCCGUCCGAGAUGGAAAUCCAAUUCGAGCGGUCAUCCGGUCAACGUCAUCUAACAGUGACGGAAGGGGUGCCGGAAUUGGCACCUAUGUUCCUAAUGAUAUUUCGCAGGAGACCAUGAUCCGGCGUGCGUAUGAGGUUGCAGGCAUUGCAGAUUACUCCCAGACCGCGUUUGUCGAGUGUCAUGGUACUGGCACUCAAGUUGGAGAUCGAAUCGAAACCCAGGCAGUGGGUCGGGUCUUUGGUCCUUCUGGUGGGGUCCUCAUUGGGUCUGUCAAGCCUAAUCUUGGUCACUCUGAAGGAGCCUCAGGGAUUACAUCCCUGAUCAAAUCGGUACUGGCCCUGGAAAAUCGUAUAAUUCCCCCAAACAUCAAGUUUGAUGAGCCUAACCCCAACAUUCAGUGGGAUGAAUAUGGACUCUCUAUUCCCACAGAAGUGAUGCAAUGGCCUGAAUUUCGGAGCGAGCGAAUUAGUGUGAACUCCUUUGGAAUUGGAGGUACCAACGCUCAUGUAAUUCUGGAUUCAGCGCAGAGCUUUGGUAUCUCACCCAUUGCCACCCAGCGUACCAUUCGGCCACAGCUACUUGUAUAUUCCGCAAAAAAUGUGGAGUCACUAAAACAGAUGAUUUCCAAGUACACAGCCUAUGUACAUAAGAACCCAGCGAGGGUUGCGGAUCUGGCGUUCACCUUGGGGAACAAAAGGGAACAUCUGUCUCAUCGGGCAUUCUCUGUGUAUAGCCUUUUAGGUCCACUCAAGACUUCGGGGCCCUCAAAAAUUGGCGAUGCACCAAACAUCGUCAUGGUUUUCACUGGCCAGGGCGCUCAGUGGCCCCAAAUGGGUGGCUCGAUGAUCCACAACCCCGUCUAUCCCACGUUCAAGAGAAGUAUUCAAAAUCUUGAUUCACAUUUACAGACCCUCACACACGCUCCACCAUGGAGUAUUGAAAAAGAGCUCUUGAAAGGUCCGGAUACUAGCAGCCUAGGUUCAUCCGAGUUUUCGCAGCCUCUCUGCACGGCCAUUCAAGUGGCUCUGGUCGACACUUUCGCUUCUAUUGGAAUUCAUCCUGCGGCUGUUGUGGGCCACUCCAGUGGCGAGGUGGCUGCUGCAUACGCCGCCGGUGCCAUUACGGCCAACGAAGCCAUUACGAUUGCGUUUUAUCGCGGUCGUGUCACCAAGCUACAAACCAGACCUGGAGCCAUGGCAGCUAUCGGCAUGGGCGCCGACGAAGUCCAGGAAUAUCUACAGGGUGGUAUAAUCGUUGCUUGUGAGAACUCGCCUGACAGUGUGACCUUGGCUGGUGAUACACAUGCUAUUGAAAAUGCAGUUGCCGUGAUCAAGACGGCGCACCCCGAUGUCCUAGCCAGGCAGUUGAAAGUCGACAAGGCGUACCACUCUCAUCAUAUGGCUGAGAUAGGCGACGAGUACCAUGCCUUGAUUGAACAUCAAGUGUGCGCUAAGGCUCCAAAUAAGUUGUUCUUCAGCAGUGUCGAGAACAAACAACUCACCGAAGCCCAGGACUUUGGCCCCAAAUACUGGCAGAUGAACCUGCAGUCCCCGGUGCUCUUCCAUUCAGCUGUUUUAUCUAUAUUCAAGCACCAUAUUGCGAAGAACAUGGUGCUGCUUGAGAUUGGGCCACACUCUGCUCUUGCGGGCCCAUUGCGACAGAUCCAGAGUCAUCUUUCCACUUCUUCUCCUUAUGUUCCUACCUUGAUUCGCAAGAAAGACAGUACAGAGUCCUUCCUGACUGCGAUUGGGCAUCUGCAUGUUCUCAAUGCUGGUCCAAAAUUAAGUAAGGUCAUUAGCGUGGGCUCUACUCUCCCAGAUCUUCCAAGGUACCCAUGGGAUCACUCAAAAAGAUUCUGGUAUGAGUCUCGGUUGAGCAAGGAGUGGAGACAUCGUAAGCACAAAUAUCACGAUCUUUUGGGUGUGCGGGUAGCAGAAAGUCCUGACUCUCAUGUCAUUUUCCGAAAUCUCUUUCACUUGGAAAAUGCCCCGUGGAUUCGUGACCACAAAGUCGGCGAUGAUAUCGUCUUCCCUUUCGCUGGCUACGCUGCGAUGAUUGGCGAGGCUGUCAGACAGCUCACUGAAACCAGUGAAGGGUUCAAACUGCGCAACGUUAUUAUUAGCACUGCCCUGAUUCUGCAUGAGGGCCCGCCAGUUGAGAUCACGACAACACUACAUCCCCUUCGGUUGACAGAUUCCCUCGAUAGUGAGUGGUCGGAAUUUACUAUCAGUUCGUACAACGGAACCAAUUGGACCAAGCACUGCUCGGGUGAGGCUAGAUCGCAUAGCAAACAUCCUAAAGCUGUAAGCAAAAAAGACCCUCUUGUGCGCAAGGUCAGCACGCAUCGCUGUUACAAGAUCAUGGCAAUGUCUGGUCUCAACUUCGGGCCAUCAUUUCAACGUCUUGAUCAUGUUCGGUCGGGUACUGUUACGCAGAAUGCCACGUCCGAACUUGUUGCAAAAGAGACCGAUGGGGAGGACUAUCAUCUACAUCCUACAGCCAUCGAUGCCUCGCUGCAGCUGCUUAUAGUGGCUGCUUCCAAGGGAUAUGCCGAACACACUGCCCGCACAAUGGUUCCCACGCACAUUCAGGAAAUGUCCAUCUACCGCUGUUAUGAGAAUUUCCAAGUCCAAGCUUCGGCAUCCUACACCCCGAACGGCUCUGUCGUUGGUAGCGGCCAGUGUAUUACCAAAGAUGGAAAGGUUGCUUUACGCAGCUAUGGAGUGAAGAUGUCUGUUCUGGAUUAUCAAGACCAUGAAAAAGCGGAAAGCGCGACUGCUCGUGUAGAAUGGGCUCCCCAUAUCAAUUUCCUAGAUAUCAACACUCUUUUCAAGCCAACCACUGACCGCAGUGAAUAUAUGCCCGGUUUGACGGAGCUAUCCCAUCUAUGUAUGGUUUACACACAGCGUGUCAUUGCGGAGCUGAAUACUUCAAUCAGUCACAUGCACAAGUAUCGCUCAUGGAUUGAUCACUACCUGCUUUCUGUAGAUCUGCAGAGGCUCCAUGAUCUUGACAAUGCUGUCAUUCAGCAGCGAGUGAAAGAACUCAUCCACCAGAUAUUGCAAACCAACGGCGCGCCUCUCGCUCUUGGUAUUGAGAUUGUGUUCAAUAACAUCCAGCAGAUUUUCACCGGGGAGGCCGAGGCUCUAGAUCUCCUUCUAGCCGAUGGCAUAUUGGCCAAAGUCUACCACGCUAUAGAUCAGUGCGAUAUUUCCGAAUUCAUCAGAAAUUUGAGUCACAGCAAGCCUAACUUGCACAUCCUUGAAGUAGGCGCUGGAACCGGCGGAUCUACAGCGAAGCUCCUGGAGCUGUUGACACCUGGGAACAGGACCCUAUACACGAAGUACGCCUUCACGGAUAUUUCCUCUGGAUUCUUUGUUGCUGCAAAGGAUCGCUUUGCCAAUUACCCAAACAUCGAAUACGCCACUCUCGACAUCAGUAAAGAUCCCUUCGCUCAGGGUUUUGACGGUCGCAAAUAUGACCUUAUUCUGGCGACCAAUGUCAUCCAUGCCACUGCGUCUUUGAACGACAGUCUCAGCAAUGUUCGCAAACUUCUUUCUCCCAACGGAUGGCUCUUGCUUAAUGAAUUGACACCCACAUUCAAAUGGAUCGACUAUAUAUUUGGAACUCUGGCAGGUUGGUGGUAUGGCAAUGCCGACGGCCGGCCGGACAGUCCGUACGUAGGCAUUGAACGCUGGACAAAAGAACUCAAGGAUGCUGGAUUUCGUACUCCCGAUGCCGCAAUUCCAGAUUCGGAUCACCCACAUCAAGUAAACACCGCGAUCGUGGCUAGACCCGAAAUUGACAUCACACCUAAGAAAUGCGUCACGCUAUUGACCCUCUCUGAAUCAAAAUCUGCCGGCUCUUUGCUUCAGGUGCUGGAGAACAGGGGAUACUCCGUUCAUCAUUGUCAGUUUGGAGAAGAGCCCUUACCUGAUGGACAAGAUGUGAUUGCCUUGCUUGAUGAAGAAGCUCCAUUCCUUGGAAACAUGGACAAUCACCGCUUUGAAUCUUUGAAAAAAUUGGUGGAGACCGCACAGGAGUGUGGCAUUUUCUGGGUGACUCAUCUAUCAGGAGUUAGAUGUCAAGAUCCAAGAUUUGGUCAGAUCCACGGCAUAGCAAGGGCAAUUCGAAAUGAAUCGCUUGUCGACUUUGCUACUUGCGAGGUCGACAAUCUUGACAGCUCACUAGAAAAGCUCGUGGACAUAUAUGAGCGCUUUGGGGUCCGCCAAGAGGAUGAGACCCUCAAGCCUGAAUUUGAAUACGCUAUUGUGGACAAUACUGUCCAAGUUGGCCGGUACUAUCCUUUUUCCAUCCAAGAUGAACAACAAACGUUGGGUUCGGAUGGCAGCACAACUCUUCGAACUAGUAAGCCCGGCCGCUUGGCUGCGCUACACUGGGCUCAUCAGGGUAUAAAGUCUCUGCAGGGAGAUGAGGUAGAAAUUGACAAUUACGCAACCGGUUUAAAUUUCAAGGAUAUCUUGGGUGCCAUGGGCAUUGUUGAGGCCAACGACAAUGGAUUUGGGCACGAAGGGGCCGGUAUAGUCCGUCGCGUCGGUAUCGAUGUUCAAAGUCUGAAAGCCGGUGAUCGUGUUAUGGCCGUCGGGAGCGGCUUAUUUGGAGCGCAAUUAGUUGUGCCCGAGAACCUAUGCGUGAAGAUACCGGAUAGCUUGAGCUUCAAUGAUGCAGCGAGCAUGCCUUCCGUGUUCAGUACGGCGAUAUACUCCAUCUUCGACAUUGGAAACCUGAAAAAGGGACAGUCCAUUCUAAUCCACAGUGCCUGCGGUGGAAUCGGUAUUGCGACCAUCCAGCUCGCUCAAAUGGUUGGUGCCGAAAUUUAUGCAACCGUCAGUAGCGAAGAGAAGGUCAGGUACCUUAUCAGUACGUUUGGCCUUUGUCGGAGUAGGAUUUUCAACUCCCGUAAUACCUCAUUCGUCGAGGAUAUCAUGCGGGAGACAGAUGGACAGGGUGUGGAUUUGGCAUUGAACUCUUUGUCUGGUGAGCUACUACAUGCUACCUGGAAAUGCAUUGCAUCGUUUGGAAAGAUGAUAGAGAUUGGCAAGCGAGACUUGAUUGGUUCAGGAAAACUUGAUAUGACUCCUUUCCUCGACAACCGGAGCUAUUGCUGUGUCGACAUAAAUCAAAUUUGGCCCCAGAGGCCGACCCUUUCAAAGAAGUUGCUGAUCAAAACCGUGGCCCUACUCGAAAAGCGCCACAUAUCUCCUAUCAGACCCAUCAAAGUCUUCAGUUCCGAUGACAUACACGACGCCUUCCGCUACAUGCAGCAAGGCAUUCAUUUAGGAAAGAUUGUCGUUUCUCUGCGUGAUACUUCGGGCCAGGCCAGAGUAGUACACAAUAUCCAACAACAAAAAAAGCCCUUCCAACUCAACAGCUCUGGUGCAUACCUGCUGGCAGGUGGCCUUGGAGGUCUGGGCCGGGCGAUAUCUACGUGGAUGGCUCAGCAUGGAGCUCGCCAUCUCAUAUAUCUUUCCCGAUCUGCGGGUUUGCAUGAAAUCCACCGGGAUUUCGCCCAAGAGCUUGGCAGCAUGGGAUGUCGAGUCGACUUCGUUCAGGGUAGCGUUACUAGUCUCCAGGAUGUGCAGAAUGCUAUCACGUUGGCUCAAGGCCAACUUCGGGGUAUUUUGCAAAUGUGCAUGGUUCUCUGUGAUCGGAGUCUUUCACGCAUGACACUAGAAGAGUGGAAUACGGUUGUUGAUCCGAAGGUCAAGGGGACAUUGAAUCUUCAUAAUGCUUCGGUAUCUGCCAACGCAGAACUUGACUUUUUCGUUCUUUUCAGUUCGAUGGCUGGCGUCUUUGGAGUUCCUGGGCAGACCAAUUAUGCCGGUGCCAACACUUUCCUAGAUGCCUUUUCUCAAUACCGGUUGGGAUUGGGACUACCGGCUUGCGCCAUCGAUAUCGGUAUCGUCGAUGGAGUCGGUUAUGCUGCCGAUAAUGAGCAAGUUUUGAAAAAGCUCAGAGUUCGUGCCAGCCUAGGUCGAGUAAUACCAGAGGGUCAGCUUCUGAGAGCAAUAGAGGCAGCGAUAAAACCCAUGCCGAGUAGUUCAAGACCAGAAGCAAGCCAUUUCAUCCUGGGAGCUCACUCCAAUAUGCCCAUGGACGAUCCAGGAGAGCGUUUGAUCUGGAAGAAAGACAUCCGAAUGUCGGUAUAUCACAACACUGCAGCAGCCAGUACUAUCGAGGAGUCUUCCUCAGGCAGUGGUCUGGAGAUUUUUAUCACACGGGCCAAGGGUGAUGCCGCACUACUCAGCCACCCUGACUCUGCUCAAAUGCUCGCAAUGGCGAUUGGAAAGAAGAUCUUUGACUUCUUACUAAAGCCGGAAGAAGACCUGGUAACAUCUUGCUCCUUGUCUGAGCUAGGAAUGGACUCUCUCGUGGCAAUUGAAAUAAAACAGUGGUGGAAGGCGACAUUCGGGUUCGAAAUCAGUGUCCUCGAAUUGAUGGCAAUGGGCACACUCGAUAUCCUCGGAGAGCACGCUGCUCGUGGCAUGCUUGAACUGUUCCAUGGUAUACAGGAGCAGGCUGUUUGA